AUGUGGGAGUGGAACCCGAUACCAGUGUCAGAGCUUUUCUUGCGGAAUCGAAUCUCCAAGCAAUUGCUGAACAAAACAGUGCUGGAGUUGAAGGCAGUGGUGAAGGCGUUGUGUUGCGGGGUUACGAACAGAGGCCUUCGGAUAAAUCAAGUGGCUACAGAGAAGAUACUUCGUUCGAGAUUUAUGUAUCGAAGCCCGACACAGAACAGGAACAUGGGCUGCGCUCAUUGGUUUGUCGGUUGUGUAAUCGGAUUAUCGAUGGAAGAGGUCUAG